CGUCGUCGUCGCCGUCGCCGUCGUCGUCGUCGUCGUCGUCGUCGUCGCCGUCGUCGUCGCCGUCGCCGUCGUCGUCGUCGUCGUCGUCGUCGUCGUCGUCGUCGUCGACGUCGUCCUCGUCGUCGUCGCGUCGUCGUCGUCGAGAACGUCGGGGCAGUACAGCCCAGCGGAAUGUGGCACGAGAGGCACCGCCGGCAUCAUCUCGGAAGCCAUGCUGGCUGACGAGCUCGCACGCACCCGCCGAGGAGACGGUGGUAGAAAGCUGAGCUUGCAACCGCCUUAACGCUCGUACGUACGCACGCACGCACGCACGAAUCGAACGAACGAACGAACGAACGAACGACCGUUCGCAUUGUCGUCGUUGAGAAGGAAAGAGACGGGAAAGGAGGAGGAACCGAGAAAGAGAGAGAGAGAGAGUGCGAGCCUCCUCGCAGGCCUGAUCAUGUCGCGGAAGACCGUUCCUGCCUUUGAUCUUGAGACUCUUCGACGCGCCUCUCACACAACGUAACAGCGGCUCCCAGCGGCUCCGUCCGUCCCAAGGCGUGCCUGGUCGGCGCAUAGUUCCGCGUUGCGAGCCGCCGGCUCCAUGUGGACGCCGUCGCCAUGGUGGAACUAGUGUGCAGCAAUUCGUUGAGCCCGGGAACAACGUAGCCUUGGUUCACACGCGGACGCCUUUCCACCACGCCACCGGGACCCACGAGUGUGGCUGACACGACGAUCGAGGAGAGAGUAAGAGAGAGAGAGAGAGAGAGAGAGAGAGAGAGAGAGAGAGAGAGAGAGAGAUCCUCGGCCCGGGAGAGCCGCUCGCGCGCGACGAAUGACGUGCCUUUACGCGGAUUCAGGCGCGAAGAAGACCGCGCUGCGACGUCGGCACGACCGCGACGGUGAAUUCGACGCUCGUCGACGGACUCGAAGAGUGAUCUGUUUUGCUACGUUUUGCGACGUUUCCUCAAGCGCGCGCGCGCGCGACGGCAGGAAGUGAUGUGCUCUUCGGUACGAUGAGGCCGGCUCGCGGGUCGAACUUGAUGUUCCACGAUACUCGCGGCUGCGGACUCGGAAGCUCGGCGGCGAGCUUCUCUUGACUUCCCCGACGGCGUCGAGUCACCGCGGCGUGAUGAGGAGAGAAGUGAGACGGUCUCGAUGAACGCCGCGAAUUUAGCCUGACGACGGACGGAUAGACGGCGAGAGGUUGAACGAGCCGCCCGCGCGUGGUGCUAUGACACGACGGACUCGGCGCGACUCGGUAGUCCCUUCCGUCGCGUGGCCGCCAUGUGAGGAGCAGCGCGUCCAGACGCUAGAGAAGAGGCCUCACCCCGCGUGACACCAGCGUGUCGAGUAAUGCUGAAGCACAUCCUGACGGGGCAGCCGUCGUCAACGGGCUCCAGGCAUCACCACAAUGACUAUCAGACGAGCUCGGGCUCGUUGCACGGUGGCGGGCACCAUCAUCACCAUCACUUGCACAACAACUCCCUGCACCAGGAGCAGCAGCAGCCGCAGCCGCAGCAGCCUCAGUCGCAGUCGCAGCACCACCAACAUUAUACCGGGAGCAGCGGGACACGCGGUGGCAGCGGCGGCGGCGGCGGAGGAGGAGGAGGAGGAGGAGUACAUCGCAGCAACGGCGUCGACGUGUACGACUCCGUGGUACAGAGAUCAACGGCGACGUCGAACGUUCACGGUCAAUCGGCCACGACGCCGUCAUCGACGCACCGGCAUCCCCUCAACCAUUCCCAAUUGAGCGUCAACAAUCUGUCGCAACGGUUGAACCACUCGCACGCGCUCAACCUGUCGACCCUGUCGACUUCCAAGCACUCGGUCAACAGCGUCAGCCCGAUCGCCGGUGGCAACGGUAACGGCAAUAAUAACAAUAAUAAUCAUCACAACAACAACAACAACAACGUCUCGGCGAGUCAGCUGGGACACACGCUGAUCUCGCAGACGACGUUGCAUCAGGACAGACCGAAGGCGAACGGCGGUUUCGACAUCUCCAGGCUGUCGCGGCUGCCGAGUCAAACCACCCCUUCGCCCGCACCUGCGACCGCACCUGUCGUGGCCGGCCAAGUAACCGGUGGGCCAACGGUGAUACCCCUGAACGCUUCUUGGUCAUCGUCCCUGUCCCGCAAUCAUCAUCGCAGCCAAGAGGCCGGUGUGAAGGAGAUACUCACGAGCCUCGGCCUGCUGUGCCUGGUGUCCCUGCUGUUGGCCCUGCUCUCGGUCAUCUUCCUGCUGAAGAUCUCGCCGCUCACGGUCACGUCCAACAGCCUCAUCAGCCCGGAGGAGUUUGUGAUCGUGUACGAGGUCACGCUGGCGCUCUGCGCCCUCGCCCUGUCGCUGAACCUGUGCUGCUUGCUGGUCUGCGCCAUACAGUUCCUCUUCGCCGUGAAGCUCGUCAAGACGUCGUACCAGGGUCACCGGUAAGUCGCAGCUCGGCUCGAGAUCACACCUCCCUUCGAUGCACUAGUUCUCCUCUGCAAAAGCUGAAACCUAGGUCAUUCAUGUCUUGACCCGCGUUGGCACGAUUUCACUUCUUCAUCAAGUUCCAUUGAUCCGAGCUUUACGAUAAUCUCAAUUUGAUCCCUGCGAUCGCGGCGAACGAAGGUAAAAUCGUAGAGCAACAUCGAGAGAUACAUUCUCCUUCUUGUUGUUUUAUCGCGUCUAUACGAGAAAGAGGAUUCCCUCUCGCCGGGGCGGGAAAUAAGCGAGCCACUCGCGAAAGUGAUACGCCGGAGCAAUAAAAGAUCUUUAGACCCUAAUAGGAGGCUUAAGAAGAUUCCGGCUGUUGACGCGGGCUUAUCGCGGCGACGCGACGGCGGCCGAUGACUAAUGAACGAAAUGAAAAGGGCAGGCGCGCACACGGGUAGGACCGCGAUCGGGGGGGACGGUGCGAGGUGCGCUUGCUUGUGCGCGUGCUUUGACACGCUGGAAUCCAGUUCGAUUAUUUUUCAGCUCUAAUGGGGGGCCCGCCGUGCCGCCGCGCGCGACUCUCGCGGCGGACCGAGAUCCGCAAUUAAUUAACGCGGUAAGAAGGCGAUAUUCUCCGCGCGUUCGGCCGAUUCGGAACGAUCGGCGCGCAAUAAGGCUCCGCCGCCAGCGUCGUCUCUGACCUCUGGGACCGCGCGGGACGGGUACGAAAGUGUUUAAGGGCCGGCUCACACCUGUGCCGCGUACAUGAUGCAGUUUUACACGAGGUUACGAUCAAACAAUAAAGUUUCGCCUUUGUGUUUUUACAAGUAAUCCUUGAUCUUCGCGAGAAAUAAUUGUAACAUUUCGGAGGACUCGUUUAGUGUAUCAUAUUUUUACUUCUGUUGGGUGGAGAUGAUUUCAGGCUCUUCCCUCU